AUGAAGCCGCACAACAGCUACGCCCACGACCUCCAUAGCCAUGACCUGAUGCUGGCCCACCCGAGGGAGCCCGCCCAGAUCUCGGACUCCUUGAAGGACCUGGAGCUGCCCACGAAGGGACCCGCCGUGCGGAGGAGGUGCUUCAUGUCAGGGCGGCGCAGGGCAGAUAAGUGUACGUUAGGGACCGGUCAGGGUGGCCUGCGGCGGACGCUCGGGUCUGAGAGCUGGAGGGUGGGAACCCUCGGGUGUAGACACAGCCCCGCUCCCCCCUGGCCUGCAGACGUGUCCCCCGACCGUCUCCAGUGUGUGGACUUCAAAGUCCCUCGCCAAGCAGCGUGUGACUUGGGGGGCCCGCUCAUCUGUAAUGGUGUGCUUCAGGAUCUCAUGUCAUGGGGCAGUGAUCCCUGUGGCCAGCCUGGAAAGCCUACCCUGUAUACCAAGCUGGUGGCUUACAGGAAGUGGAUCAAAGACCACCCUCAGUGA